CGCAGUUGUGGGCGUCGUCCGCUUUGCCUCGACGAUAUGCCAUUGCGCAUCCACCAUGACGACGGCCGCUGCCCUCCACGUCUUGUCAUCGCCCGCGCUGCUUGGUGAGAUUACGGGCUUUAGCCCUGGCCGGCGACUCAAUGACUGGACGGACGGCAACAAGGCGGUGGCGCUCGGCUAUGUCUACCUCUGCGAGCACCAGCCGCGCCUGGUCUUUUCCAAGCGCGCCGUCGACAUGGCCGUCCGGAAUGGCCAUCUGCCCAUGCUUCGCUGGCUGCAGACGCAUCGCAAGGGCGAGAUUUCGUUCAUGACGUGGGACUUUGCGGCCAAAGGCGGGUUCACCGAUAUUUUGCGCUUCCUCGUCGCCCAUCACUCGCCGCAUGGCUCGACGAACGCACUCGACUGGGCUGCGGCGUACGGACACCUCGAGACGGCGCGGUAUCUUCUCGUCGAGGCCAAGCUGGGACACGGGACGACGUAUGGCAUGAACCAAGCGGCCAAAGAAGGGCACUUGGAGAUGGUGCAACUGCUCCACGCGCACAGCAACGCCGGGUGCACGUACCAUGCGAUGGACGAAGCGGCCAAGCACGGCCAUUUGGAGGUUGUCUGCUUCUUGCACCACCAUCGCACCGAAGGCUGCUCGGUCGCCGCCAUGGACCACGCGGCGACUAACGGUCAUUAUGAGAUCGUGGUCUUUCUGCACACCCACCGGUCGGAAGGGUGCUCGGCCAAAGCGCUGAUUGGUGCGUCAACCAACGGCCACUUGGCCAUUGUACAGUAUCUCGAAGCGAUGACGGCAUGGCCGUAUGACAUUGCGCUCCUCGAUGGCGCCUCGACGAACGGACACCUCGCUAUGCAUGGCUAUUUGAACGUUGUGCGCUGGCUCCAUGCGCAUCGGGACGAAGGCUGCUCGACGGACGCGAUGGACCUGGCCGCGACGCACGGGCAUCUCUCCGUGGUCGACUUUCUCCACGCUUACCGUGGCGAAGGCUGCACCGUCCACGCCAUGAACGGCGCCGCGAGCAACGGGCAUUUGGCGAUUGUUCAGUGGUUGCAUGCGCAUCGGCACGAAGGCGCCACCGAGCGCGCCAUCGACGGCGCCGCCGCCAACGGCCAUUUGGACGUUGUUCAAUGGCUGCACACCCACCGGAACGAAGGCUGCACGACGUGGGCCAUGGACUGGGCCGCGUCCAAAGGGCGGCUUGAUAUUGUGCGUUUUUUGCACACACAUCGCAGCGAAGGGUGCACGCAAAACGCCCUCGAGUGGGCCCAGCAGCACCACCAUAACGACAUGGCAGCAUGGCUGGUCGCGCACGGCUACGACCACGUGCCGCAGUGA